AUGGGCUUUCUCAACGGCCUCCGCCUGAGCGCCCGCCGUCUCGUUCGCACACGUGCUUUUCGCAACCUCAUCCUCAUCUUCGCCGUUUAUACCUUUCUCGAUGCCCUCCGCAUCCAGCGCAUUGUCACGAACGCGCCGCGGCACGACCCGAAGCGGCCCAGAAAGCUCGAGAAAGUAUAUAUAGCGGGUAUGCACUACAACAGUGCGGGUCUGAUCAAGAAUCACUGGAACAAGGCCGUUCUGGACCUAGUCGAUGCCCUAGGCAGGGAAAAUGUAUUUGUCAGUGUCUAUGAGAGCGGCAGCUGGGAUGACAGCAAGAAAUGGCUCGCCGAACUCGACGACGAGCUGUGGAAGAGAGGAGUAAGGAGGAAUGUAGUCCUCGACGAGAGGACGCACCAGCAAGAGGUCGAGGAGGUGCCGGCAGAAGGGGAAGAGAGGGAGGGGUGGAUAGUUACGCCGAGAGGCAAGAAAGAGAUGAGGAGGAUUCCUUUUUUGGCCAAGUUGAGAAACUUGACGCUGAAGGACCUUUGGGCGUUGAGCGAGAAGGGGGAGUCUUUUGAUAAGAUUUUGUUUUUGAACGAUGUCGUUUUCACGACGGAAGACGUCCUCGCUCUCCUCGACACGAACCGCGGACUGUACGCCGCUGCGUGCUCGCUCGACUUUUCCCAGCCGCCAUACUAUUACGAUACCUUUGCGCUGAGGGACACGGCGGGCCAGGCGCAUCUGAUGCAGACAUGGCCCUACUUCCGAUCCCAGGCGAGCCGGGACGCGCUGAUGGCGUAUUCCGACGCUGUUCCGGUCCGGAGCUGCUGGAACGGGAUCGUGGCCAUGCCCGCUGCGCCUUUCCUCGCCCCGGAGUCGAAACGGUUGAAAUUCCGGGCGGCGCCAGAUUCGCUGGCGGAGAAGAAACACCUGGAGGCUAGCGAGUGCUGUCUGAUUCACAUCGAUAACCCCCUCAGCGAGCCGUUGGGCGUAUUUCUGAAUCCGAGAGUCAGGGUGGCAUAUGAUGGUGCUGCGUAUGAGGCGACGCACCCUGCUGAUCCUAGUGACAGUUGGUUGUCAGUGUGGAGGAUUGUGGUGGGUGUUUGGGAGAGUAGGCUUCGCAGGUGGUUUUCGACAGAUGGUGUGAAGGAGUGGGUAGUGAAGAAGAGGGUAGGGGAUUGGGAAGCGAUGGAAAGGGGGAAUGUCGAGAAAGGGGUGGAAUGUUUGAUCAAUGAAGGACAGGUGCUUGUGUAUAACGGUUGGGCACAUGUGUAG